AUGAUAGACCCCAAGUUUGAAUUGGGGAUGAAAUUUGAGUCAAGGCAACAAUUCAAGGCAGCAGUGACCGAAUAUGGUAUCAAAAAAGGUAAAUCAGUCUGGACAUGUAAAAAUGAUACCAAAAGGAUGAAGGCUGUUUGUAGAGACCCGUGUCCUUGGUUUGUCUUUGCAUCAAUUGAGAGAGCACUUGGUACAUCAGAUUUGGUGGUAAAUACAAUGCAUGAUGUGCAUGAGAAUUGCAAUCACGCUUGGAAGAAUAAAAACAUGACUUCUACAUGGCUAUCCAAUAGGUAUAUGGAGAGAAUCAGGUCUAACACAAAGAUGCCUGUUAGGGAGCUUAGGCAAACUGUUCAUGAGGAUUAUGAGGUUGAGAUUUCUAAAUGGGUGGCUAGAAAACCAAGAGCCAAGGUUAUACAGCUUAUUAAGAGGUUUGCAGAGGCACAAUACAAGAAGAUUUGGGAAUAUUACAGUAAUCCAAGAUUCAUGCGACUAUACUGCUGCCUUGGGCCACUUAAGAAAGGCUUUAAGGAUAGUUGUAGGGCUAUUAUAGGCUUAGAUGGAUGCCAUCUGAAAGGCACUUAUCCAGGACAAUUACUUACUGUUCUUGGAGUGGACCCUAACAAUGGUUAUUGGCCAAUUGUGUGGGCAGUUGUGGAGAAAGAAGCCACGGAACAAUGGACAUGGUUUCUAAAGUUGUUGAGUGAGGAUUUGGAUAUACAAAACCAAUGCCACUACACUUUUAUCUCUGACCAACAAAAGGGACUGGACAGAGCAUUAGCUGAGGUGCUUCCAAACUGUGAGCACCGAUAUUGUGUGCAGCAUUUAUAUAGAAAUUUUAAGAAAAAGCAUCCAGGAGAGGCGUUGAAGGAGAGAUUUUGGAAUAUUGUAUGUUGUACUACACCUGAGCACUUCAAUAACGCAAUGUCAAACUUGGAGACGUAUGACUAG